CCUUAUAUUUUCUUGCUUUUUUCAUUCUUUCCGUCCCGGGUGCAAGAUCGACCCUCCUGCGCAGUGUUAUGGCUUCGAGCUGAUCCAGGCUCCCCUUAUUAUUGUCUUUAUCUCCCCCGCGCCAGCAUGUCCACGAUGGUCAACAAGUACGAUGCACUUAAAAAUAAUGACGAUUCCGGUGAGGAAGACAAUGGCAGCAGAGAUUUGAAAGAAAUGGAUAAACCUCUGCCCCCAGUGGAGGUUAAGCCUGGGGAUCAUCGCUUGCAGUUCACUUACUCCAUCUGGUUCAGUAGAAGAGCACCAGGCAAGCAGGCAACCACCCAAAAUUAUGACCAGAACCUCAAGCUGAUUGGGAGGUUUGCCUCGGUGGAGCAGUUUUGGGGUUACUACAGUCGCCUAGUGCGGCCAGCUGACCUCAAUUCACACUCAGAUAUACACAUCUUCAAAGACGGCAUCAAACCCAUGUGGGAGGAUGGUGCAAACAAAAAUGGUGGCAAGUGGAUUGUGCGACUGAGGAAGGGCCUGGCAUCCCGCUGCUGGGAGAACAUGAUCCUGGCCAUGCUGGGGGAACAGUUCAUGGUCGGGGACGAGAUAUGUGGAGCCGUCAUAUCCGUGCGCUUCCAGGAGGACAUCAUCUCAGUGUGGAACAGGACGGCGCAGGACACGGCCACCACCACGCGCAUACGGGACACCCUCAAGCGCGUCCUCAACCUCCCACCAAACACCGUCAUGGAGUACAAGACCCACAACGACUCUCUCAACACCAGGGCCCAUUGGUAGCUCUAUCUGGCGCUGAGGAAGACACUUCAUUUCACCAAGCAUGGCACACCCACCACUCCACCAGCAGCUUCCUCCGCAAACCUGGCCCCCUCCACUGAUGUCUCCACCCCUACAACCUUCCCCAUUUGCCUGGAAGUGAGGAGGAGGAGGAGGAGAAAGAAACGGAAGUGUGUUUUGGGGAAAAGGGAGAGGCAGGAGAUUCUGGAAUAUUGAAGAGACACCAACCGUUCUCUGGUUUUGGCUGUGUGAGUGAGGUGUUCUGAAUCAUUAGAUGUAUGUACGUACGUAUGUAUGUUUUUUACCCAGUGUUCCCAUGCUCAAAUGUUUAUGAACAUUCAGAAGGACCCCUGUAGUGUGAUCAGGAUAUUAGGACGUCUAUGAACAUAGGUUCAGAAUAUAAAGGUUUAAGUAACAUCACCCUGUAAGUAAUGGGAUGUAAGAUUACUGACACUGUUGACAAUGAUAAUGAUGCACAAGCAGUAGUCCCUCACAAAGAGGUUAUGGUCAGUGUUACACAAUAAUUAUCAAUAAGGUCUUGUACCACUAAGGAAGUUCAGCCCAUAUAAACCCUUGAGACAGCUGCCUUGGCUGGGAAUAUCAUCAAAUAAAAGUGACAGACAUUGCCAACACAAAUGAUUGCAAAAUAAGUUAAAUUUCUUGUGAUAAAAUGUUUUAACCUUGCACAACAAAGUAAUGACUACUGUGUGUAAGGCCACUUACUGCUCUUUGAAAUCUGUGAGCAUCAAGGCUUCAUUGCUGAACCAAGUACAGCCACUGUUAGUGGGUUUGACUCACUGUGUGGGUUGUGUCAUUGUCAUGAGUCAUCAGGAGUGUAGUAUUAUGAUAAGAAAUUAACUGUUUUUGAUAGAAUUUUUACUAUACAUACUGAAUGAUUUUCUGAAUCACAUUAUACCCUUUUUCACACUCAAUCAGAGCUAGGCUGACUAAAUAAGAACUUAACUUAUGAAGAGAAACAACUUUUAAAGAUUUUUCUCUUUGGUAUUUAUAUCAGAAUACAAAAUAAAGACUGCAGUCUCUCUUCCUGAAUAUUAAUACUCUCCACUGUAUAUAUGCUUACAGAUAUUCAUAUUUUUCUUAUUGAUAUAUGUAUUAUUAUCUUAAUUUAUUAAGUACCCAGUAGGGAAUGCAAGUUACAGGUGUGAACGCCUUUCAGCCCUGUGAUUCACUUUACUUUUUUGUAUUGCCAUACAAACAUCCCAACUAAACAUUGUUUUAAAUGUUAGUGAAGUGAGGUCAUGUGAAUGACUCCUUUGUGUAAAAUAUUGGCCAUAAACAGCCCUCAUUGGGCAAGAAAUAUAUUCCUUUGCUGCGAAGGUAACAUUGAGGGAUUAUGUGUUGGAACAAGUUCAGUGAUGUACUAAAACAGUCCAGACAAGUUGGACAUUUACAUAUACAUCUAUGAAGGUCAGUAGUGUGUGAAGGCAGAUAAUUUAUCACAUGUGUUUGUGAGGGACCAGUGUAAUAACUUCUCUUUUAGUAGCAGGUACUGUACGUACACUAACAAGGGGUUGCUGAUAUCUGUUCAUUGUCUUGUUAUCAACAAGCUUUGGUUUCUCUUCUAGCAAAUUUAUCUUUUUGCCCGCUGAGCAAAAAUAUGUAGACAUUGUAGACCGGUGUUUCAUGCCUUCAGGUUUUCUCUCUGGCCCUUGAUUUUGUUUAUACACAAGUAGGGAAAAAUUCAAUAGCUAAAUAAAUAUUAAAUAAUA